AUGUCUCCUAGGAGCAUUUGCGCAAAUCCUUUCUCCCUUGCCGUCAACUCCAAACCUCAAGACAACUCCGCCGCCGACUCCAACGACAAGAAUAGCACCACCGCUACCAACUCCAUCAAAGACACCACUGCUACCAUGGCCGACGACAAGAACAACAAGAGCAAGCCGUUCGACUUCGACGAUGUACCAAGGGAGCGUCAGGAACCCAGACCAGACUUCUCCAAACCUCUCCCUAGAAAGAGACUGCCUAAGGCCCUGCAAGAUACCCUGGACAAUGAAGAGAAGCUAUGGGAGGCUAUGUACGAGGGAAAGGCACAAGAGUCCACCGAGAGUUCUGUCCGUUACGCUGCUUAUGCCUCAAGAGUUCGCACCAUCCUGAUGUCUGCUCAUCGCUACGUCGCUUAUACUAGUGAUAUUGGCGAGAGUUUCAGACCUAUCGCUCAUCCUUACCUGGUCAAGGGUGCAUACGGUAUCUCUUGGGCAUAUCUCAUUGGUGAUGUCUCGCACGAGGGUUACAAGGCCUACCUUCGCAAUCAGAGUGUUCUAAACCCUGAAGCUUCUACUGAGGCUACAGCCGUUGCAAGCAGUGACAAGACCGCCUCAGCUGCUUCUGGUACUGUGCCUCAAAUGCUUCCUGGCAAGGUGCCUCUCAUCGAGGACUACAGAACCGUCAUGGCGCAAAGAGCCAUUUUCCAGGGUAUUGCUAGUAUGGGUCUGCCUGCUUUCACCAUCCACUCGAUCGUGAAGUACGCUGGUAAAGCUUUGAAAGACACCAAGAAUGUCAAGCUCCGAACAUGGGGUCCCAUUGGUGUAANNUUGGGUCUCGCCGCCGUCCCUGCACUUCCUUUCAUGUUCGACGAGCCUGUAGAGCACGCCGUCGAAUGGGUCUUCCACAAGGCCUUUGCGACCGUUGGUGGAGAGGCUGCUGUCCAUGGCCGUCCUGAAACUGGCAGAUCUGCUUUGACUCAAAUAGAGUCCAAGGCUGCUGCCGCCGCUAAAGAGAAGGAGCUAUAA